GGCUAGCACUGGAGUAAUAUGAUCAUUUUUUUUAUAUGUCAUAUCAAUUAAUAAGGUUGAUGGAACAUAUCAGAAUGUUUAGCUUAAAAUGUUGAUUAACUAGUAUUUCCUCACAUUUUAGGUGCAGCAAUGCACACACGGUGCAGGCCUACAUGUGAAUGUUCCAAAUUGCAUUUUACAGGAAAAGCAUUCUAAAAUGUGCACCACCCAUACCUGAAAGCAGUUUUAUAGAUAGAAAUAGAAAUAUCCAUUAGACAUUUUAGAAAGAAGGGAGCUCUGAAGAUGCAACAACUUACAACUAUCAUGGGUUGCUAGGAUCAUAUGACUAGGAUCAUACCUUUGGCUGCUAGACAAUGUAAUAAAGUUUAAAGUAAACCAAUAGAACAGGAGAACAUUGAGGUCUUUAAAAUCCUUUUCUCCAUGUUUCUAUGGUGGGAUUUUGGCUAUAGGCUACUAUGAAGCAAGGCAAAACAUGCCUCAUAAUGUCAUGAAGUAAAACGUAAGGAAGGAAAAAUAUAGCGAUGCUAAUGGUAGGCCUAACCGUCUUCUGGUAGAUGGAAAGGCUUUCCCAAAAACUCUCAAUUUAAAAUGUUAACUAGCUACAAAGUAGUCUUUGCCUACCUGGCAGAAUGAUAUCAUGAUUAUCUGCAUCAGUCCAGUGGCCAUAUGUUGUGCUAACAACAUCUCAGAAACACUGCAAGCCAAACAGCAGUUCUAGGUGCCUGACACUUAAAUUAAACGAUAACUACACAACAACAAAUACAAUUCCCAGAGCUUAGUGGUCUCCUGGUGUGGUUUAAACAUUGUUAUGGACAUAGAACAUCCUAUUUAGUUGUUUUUCUAUUAAAAAAGUGUGACUUUUAACUCGAAAUGACACAACGACAAGGUUCCAGUUUAACAAAGGUUACUAUACCGUAUGAACACACUACAAGGUAGCCAUUCCACUCUAGGCUAGGUCCAUCAACCACAAGACUCUGCGCAGGCACACUCUUGACUGAGUGAUAGCCCUGUAAUAACAGAAAUAUGAACUUAACAACUUUGAGAGUGAAAACCUGGCUUAGUUGACAGCCUCCAUUUAUCUGUUUCACUAGUCGGCCUACCUGUACAGUAGAGCUUGUGUUGGCCUGACUGUGAAAGAUAAUUGUAGGUCAUUCAGAGUGUAUGUCACUGUUUCUCAUACAUUUUCACACAGAGCAUCUUUCUUUCACCGGGCAGGCCAUUUGGGAAAUGUUUUGCUCAAUUAGAGUAUACUCACUUCUCCAGGCACCACUAUGUGGUGUUAUCAUUGAGCAACUAACAAAAAAAUCAGUAUCACUGUGGGAUCAAUCAGUUAGAAAUAAAACAGUAUCUGGACUUUACCUGUAGAAAAGGCCCAUGGAGUUGGUGGAAUAAUCCUUUAACUCAUUGCCACUUACUCAGCUGGGCCAGGGGCGCUUUAAUUAGGUCAGGUGGAAAUGUCCGACAGAUCUCAACUCCAUAAAAGGAGGAAAUUGCCAUCGCCUGAGCUCACUGCUUUCUCUUCCUUAACUCCGUCUUAUCCAGAAGUUCUGUGCGUCCGUGAAUCCACGUAAGUCCACCGACUCAGUUCAGAUGAAAGGUGUGAUGCAUGUGCCACUGCGCUGGGUGCUGUGGGAUGUGAAGGACACCCUGCUGAAGGUGCGCAGGUCUGUCGGGGAGCAGUACUGCCAGGAGGUCCAGCGAACAGCAGGUUUCAGUCUUAACCCUACAGAGGUGGAGGCUGCCUUCCGCCAGUCCUUCCACCAGUACUCCAAACUCUACCCCAACUACGGUACGGCCAAGGGCCUGGGGGGGAAGGCCUGGUGGAUGGGAGUGGUUCGGGACACCUUCGCCCAGUGUAGAGUACAGGACGCAGCCCUACUGGACACACUGGCCCACAACUUGUAUCAUGGCUUCUGCAGCCCUAAUAACUGGGAGGUAUUUCCAGACUCUGCGAAGACCCUGGAGAGCAUAUCCUCCCUGGGACUGAAGCAGGGUGUGGUGUCCAACUUUGACAAUCGCCUGGAGGGGAUUCUACGAGGCUGUGGCCUUCUGUCUCACUUCAGCUUCCUGCUCACCUCAGAGGAGGCCGGUAUAGCCAAGCCUAACCCAGCCAUCUUCCACCGGGCACUAGAGAAAUGUGGCGUAACAGCCGCGAGUGUAGCUCACAUUGGGGACCAUUAUGUCUAUGACUAUGUGACCUCUCGGUCACUGGGCCUCCAUGGGUACUUGCUGGACAGACAGGGCAGGAAUAAAUACCCUGAUGUUCCCCCACAGCAUCGACUAAAGACCCUGGAGGAGCUACCUGCACGUCUCCAGCAACAUAUGGACUAAAUGUUAUCUAUUACACAAGUAAACUGAAGCCAGGACUCAAACAAACCGCACUGUUCCAACAUUUCACUGCACUUGACAUUAAAGUAUAAAAACGAUAUAUAUAUAAAAGCCUUAAUCUAUGGCAGUGAAACUAGCCCCAAAACUUAACAUAUGCAAUGACCACUUUUAGAUGAUCUAAAUAUGUACAUAUAAUUUAUCUAAAGUUUUUGUAACUUAUUUCGCCAAUAUAUAUAUUUAUAUCACGUUGUGACACCCUCCAAUUCAUGUAUUAUGUUCAAUAAAUAAAAAUGCCUGUUCUACAGCCAGUGCUA